AUGGGGCCCGAGAACAAAGAUCAAUGGGCAGAGACUGCUUACCAGCUGAGGUCAACGCCAAGGUCUAGUAGGGCCUCGAAUGCUGGAAGGAAAAUACAGACGAAGAAGAAAAACAAGAAAAAAAACAUAGAGGACCUGAAGAAGGAAGUGGUCAUGGAUGACCACAAAUUGACAUUGGAACAGCUGAGCACCAAAUAUUCCGUGAACCUGGCAAGGGGCCUCACUCCGGAACAGGCUCAGCAGAUCCUAGCGCGAGAGGGACACAAUGUACUCACUCCACCCCCCACCACUCCAGAAUGGGUCAAGUUCUGCAAACAGAUGUUCGGUGGCUUCUCCAUGCUGCUGUGGACUGGCUCCAUCCUCUGCUUUGUGGCCUAUGGCAUCGAGUCCUAUUUUUAUAGUGAGAGCCUCAAAGACAACCUGUACCUGGGGACGGUCCUAGCCAUUGUGGUCAUCAUCACCGGCUGCUUCUCCUACUAUCAGGAGGCCAAGAGCUCCAAGAUCAUGGAGUCUUUUAAGAAGUUGGUGCCAGAGCAAGCCCUGGUGAUCCGAGGAGGAGAAAAGAUGCAGAUUGAGGUCCAAGAUGUGGUGCUGGGAGACCUGGUAGAAGUGAAGGGAGGAGACCGCAUCCCGGCUGACCUCCGCCUCAUCUCUGCCCAAGGAUGUAAGGUGGACAACUCUUCCUUGACUGGAGAGUCAGAGCCCCAGAGCCGCUCCCCCGAGUUCACCCAUGAGAACCCGCUGGAGACCCGAAACAUCUGCUUCUUCUCCACCAACUGCGUGGAAGGAACAGCCCGGGGCAUUGUGAUUGCCACAGGAGACUCCACGGUGAUGGGCCGCAUUGCCUCCCUGACGUCAAGCCUGGCCUCCGGCAAGACCCCCAUCGCCCUGGAGAUCGAGCACUUCAUCCAGCUGAUCACGCUGCUGGCCGUGUUCCUGGGCGUCUCUUUCUUCGGGCUGUCCCUUUUCCUGGGCUACAGCUGGCUGCAGGCCAUCAUCUUCCUCAUCGGCAUCAUCGUGGCCAACGUGCCCGAGGGGCUGCUGGCCACCGUCACUGUGUGUCUGACCCUGACCGCUAAGCGCAUGGCGCGGAAGAACUGCCUGGUGAAGAACCUUGAGGCAGUGGAGACGCUGGGCUCCACCUCCACCAUCUGCUCGGACAAGACGGGCACCCUCACCCAGAACCGCAUGACCGUUGCCCACAUGUGGUUUGACAGGACCAUAUAUGAGGCCGACACCACUGAAGACCAGAUGAGAGACACAUUUGCCAAGGACUCUCCUACCUGGAUCACCCUAGCCCAAAUCGCCGGCCUCUGCAACCGGGCUGACUUUAAGCACCCUCAGGAGUCAAUUCCCAUAGCUAAGCGCGCAACGACGGGUGAUGCUUCAGAGUCGGCCCUGCUCAAGUUCAUCGAGCAGACUUACAGCUCCGUGCGGGAGAUGAGAGCCAAGAGCCCCAAGGUGGCAGAGAUUCCUUUUAAUUCUACCAACAAGUACCAGAUGUCCAUCCACCUGGAGGAGGACGGCCCCCACACCCACGUGCUGAGGAUGAAGGGAGCUCCUGAGAGGAUCUUGGACUUGUGCUCCACAUUCCUGCUGAAUGGGCAGGAGUACCCCAUGGAUGAGGACAUGAGGGGUGCCUUCCAGAACGCCUACCUGGAGCUGGGAGGCCUGGGGGAGCGCGUGCUCGGGUUCUGUUUCUUGAACCUGCCUAGCAGUUUCUGCAAGGACUUCCCAUUUGACACGGAUAACAUCAAUUUCCCCAUGAGGAACCUUUGCUUUGUGGGGCUCAUAUCCAUGAUCGACCCUCCACGAGCCUCGGUGCCUGACGCCGUGAGCAAGUGUCGCAGUGCCGGGAUUAAGGUGAUCAUGGUCACGGGAGAUCACCCCAUCACCGCCAAGGCCAUUGCCAAGGGCGUGGGCAUCAUCUCAGAAGGCACUGAGACAAUAGAGGACAUGGCCGCCCGGCUCCAGAUCUCUGUCACAAAGAUCAACCCCAGGACUGUGAAAGCGGUCGUGGUGCACGGCUCAGACCUGAAGGACAUGACUUCGGAGGAGCUGGACGACCUCCUGAAGAACCACACGGAGAUCGUGUUUGCCCGGACGUCCCCACAGCAGAAGCUGAUCAUCGUGGAGGGCUGCCAGAGGCAGGGCGCCAUCGUGGCGGUGACGGGUGACGGGGUGAACGACUCCCCUGCGCUGAAGAAGGCCGACAUUGGCAUUGCCAUGGGCAUCGCCGGCUCGGACGUCUCCAAGCAGGCGGCCGACAUGAUCCUGCUGGACGACAACUUCGCCUCCAUCGUCACGGGCGUGGAGGAGGGCCGCCUCAUCUUCGACAACCUGAAGAAAUCCAUCGCGUACACCCUGACCAGCAACAUCCCUGAGAUCACGCCCUUCUUGAUCUUCAUCCUCCUCAGCAUUCCUCUGCCUUUGGGGACCAUAACCAUCCUCUGCAUCGACCUGGGCACCGACAUGGUUCCUGCCAUCUCGCUUGCCUAUGAGUCAGCUGAAAGUGACAUCAUGAAGAGAGCUCCCCGGAACCCCCUGACGGACAAGCUGGUGAACUACCGGCUCAUCAGCAUGGCCUACGGGCAGAUUGGGAUGAUCCAGGCGCUGGCUGGGUUCUUCACCUACUUUGUGGUCCUGGCUGAGAACGGAUUUAAGCCUUUGGAUCUGUUCGGCAUCCGCCUGCAGUGGGAAAAUAAAUACGUUAAUGAUCUGGAGGACAGCUAUGGCCAGCAGUGGACCUACGAGCAGCGGAAGGUGGUGGAGUUCACGUGCCACACGGCCUUCUUCGUCAGCAUCGUGGUGGUGCAGUGGGCUGACCUCAUCAUCUGCAAGACGCGCCGCAACUCCGUCUUCCAGCAGGGCAUGAAAAACAAGGUCCUACUCUUUGGGAUUUUGGAGGAGACAGUCCUGGCUGCUGUUCUGUCCUAUACGCCAGGCAUGGCCAAGGCCCUGCGAAUGUACCCACUCAAGAUAACCUGGUGGUUCUGUGCCGUGCCCUACAGCCUUCUUAUCUUCAUCUAUGACGAACUCAGAAAGCUCACCAUACGACAAAGGCCUGGGGGCUGGCUGGAGCAGGAGACCUACUACUGA